AAAGCAGCAAGAGCAGACGGAAGACUUAAAAUUAGAAACAGAAUUAUAUUAUUUUUUUGUGGUUACAUAAAAUUUUAAAGAAUUUAAUUAAAAAGACGAAAAAAAUAAAAUAAAUUUUUAAACAACAAAUUAUCAGUUUUAUUUUAAACUUAUAUUAAGUUUAAAUAUUUAACUGCAAACAAUAUGAGCAAUUUAAAACUUAAUGUAAUUAAAGAUGGUGCUAGUGAAAAUUUACUUUCAAAUAAUAAAUCUCAAGAUCCCAAUCACAUAACAAAUGGUAAAAUAAAAGAUUUCGAAGAGGCGAUACCGUUCGCUGAGGCAUUAGAAAAAACAAAAUUUGGUUUAAUUAACUAUUUUAUUAUAAUAACUUCGGGUGUGGUCUUGGCCAAUGUUUUGCUGGAGACUUCAGCGGUGGCAUUUUAUAUGCCGGUAGCUCAUUGUGAUUUACAUUUGACCAAUUAUCGCAAAGGUUUACUCAGUUGUAUUGGUUAUGUGGGCAUGAUUAUAAGUUCACAUUUAUGGGGUUUUCUGGCCGAUACUAAGGGACGAAGACGUGUUAUUAGACCUACGUUAAUAAUUGGAUUUGUGGUUACGUUAUUUUCGAGUUUUGCCACAAAUUUUUGGAUAAUGUUAUUUUUACGAUUUGUUAAUGGUAUAUUUGUCUCGGGUUCUUCGGCCACGAUUUACGCUUAUUUGGGAGAAUUUCAUAUUGAUCGUACACGUUCCAGAGCCAUGAUGAUCUCUUCGUUUAUAUUUGCUUUGGGUGCUAUGUUAAUGCCUUUCAUUUCAUUUAUGGUUAUUAAUCAAGACUGGAGUUUUCCAUUGGAAUUUUUGGGCAUUACCUAUAAACCCUGGCGUCUAUUUGUUAUUGUUUGUGGUCUGCCCGGUUUCUUAGCAGGCGUUUCUAUGUACUUCUUGCCAGAAAGUCCUAAGUUUUUAUUAUCCAUCCAUGAAGAGGAAAAGGCUAUUAAGGUCUUACAUAAAAUGUAUAAAGUGAAUGGAGGCAAAGGGGAAUUAAAGAUAACCCACAUUAUACCCGAGGAGGAUUGUGAUGAGGUCUUGACCAUAGAAAAUAAAAACAUGAAUUUCUUUUUGAAACUUUUGCUGAAUAUGUGGAAUCAAACUGUGCCUCUAUUUCGUCCGAAAUAUUUGCGUAGUACCUUGAUUGUGUGUACCACACAAUUUUGGUUGUAUGUCAUAACAAAUGGUCUAUAUAUGUGGUUCCCCUAUAUUAUUAAUGCCAUGGGAGAGUACAUGAGAAAUAAUCCCGAUGGCAAUGAGAAGUUAUGUAAUAUUGUUUAUGCCAAACAUGAUAAUCAGACUGAGGGAAUUAUGGAUUGUCCCGAUAAAUUAGAACCCACCACCUAUAUGUAUUCCCUGUUAAUGGAAAUAUUAUAUGCCUCAUCGUUUGCUGUGAUAGGAGUAAUCAUAAAUCGUUUAGGAAAAACUCUUAUAUUAUUUGUUUGCAUAGUAUUCUUUAGUUCUUGCGGUUUAGUGGCCGUUUGGCUUCCUUACACUUCGGUGGCGGCCAUUUUUUAUGUAUUAUUAUUUUUAGUGGGCGUGUGUAUUAAUGUUUUGGGCGGAGCCACUGUGGAAAUCUUUCCUACACAAUUAAGAGCCAUGGCCAUGUGUGUCUCUUUAAUGAUGGGCCGCAUUGGCAGUGUGGUGGGCACAAAUAUUGUGGGUGCUCUUUUGGCCACCUAUUGUGAGAUAACAUUUUAUAUCUCCUGUUUUGCCUUAAUGUCUUGUGCUAUUCUAAUUUUGUUCCUACCGCAUCAUGUUAUGUCGCGAAAUUCCAAAAAAUCAAACAUUCAAGAUACUUAAUAAUAUUAUUAGGGAGUUCACUACUUUUUUACACCAUAUGAUACUUAAUUAGUGAUAUUUUGUGAAAAUAUGUUUUUUAGUUUUAAGUAGUUAAAAUAAAUUUUUUAGCAAAUAGUUAAUAAAUAUUAA